GAAUAUAUAAACAUUGUUUGAGAACCCGUGCAGUGAAAAAAUGUUGAAAAUAUUUGUGGCAAUACAGUGUGAAAGCGACGAAAACGCAGCAUAAAGUGAAAAAACCGAAAAGAUAAAUAAUAAAGGAAUUGAGAAAAGUGUUUGUGUGGUCUCGCCCCUUUUUGAUGCUGGGAAUUGCACAAAAUUUAAACAUUUUCACUAUAAAGACGAAAGUUUUGAAUGCUCUCGGUUUUGUGUAAGCGAGGAGAAUUCACUGUUGUGGAUUUGAGUGUUACAAUAUACUGUUAGUAAAAAGAUACUCAACUUGAGCAGCAGCAACAAUAACAGUGGUAGCAGCCGUUAGAGCAACUAAAAAAGUCAAUCCUUAGGGUCAAGGGAAAUACCGUCGUACAGCAAUGAGCAUAACGUCAAAGAAAAUCAAACAAUAUAUAAACAAAAGAGCAAAGAAUAACACAUGACUGCAACACAAACGAAAUUGCCGACGCCGCCGACGAGGACGAGAACGAGUACGACGACAUAAAGGUCGCCGUGGCGUAACCGAACACGAUUACGAAGCCAAAGGCAACACUAAGCAAACACAAACACAGGCGAAAGAAGAAAACAAAACGAACGAACGUGSAAGCAACAAAUCCGYAGUACCCGCAGUACUACUACAAAGGUGCUUGUGAGCACUGCACGCACAGCAGAGUGCAACGGUACGACGGCACAGAGGAACAAGCGACUCGUCACAAGCGCCAGUGCCACUAAAAAAACAACACAACACAUCCAACAACAACCUAAAUACUACACAUUAAUAAACUACAUAAAACCGUGCGUGCUAAUCACUAACUAAUACUAGAAGCGACAACGCCGAUAUAACUGUAACACAAAAGCGUAUUAAGUGCAACAGUGUGUCCCAAACCGGUGUGUCACGUGUCCCAGUCACAACUACUAGUUCACCGCAAAUACAUAUAAACUGUAAUCAAAAGGACAACCCGUCUCUAGUGCAGCGAGUAGCCACUGCUGUAGUACUUAGCGGUAGUAGUUAGUAGGCGCCAACAACUAACUGUAUCCGUAGCUUUUCAAAUUUAAAGCCCUCCACUUUUUUCACUUUUAAAUCGUAAAUAUUUUAAUGAAAAACAAAAUUUCAAAAACAAAAAACUUGACUGAUAGUUUAUUAAAUUAAUUAAACAUUUCAAUUGAAUAGAAAUUUAAACGAAUGUUCACAAAACUACAACAACAACAAUAACACUCGUACGCAUGCAACAAAUGAUCUCGAAAUCAAAACAGAACUCCACGUUAAAGCAAGAAACGCGCGAUAAUGUCGAACUUCAAUUAAAACAAAGCAAAUAAAGCGACGAAAAAACAACAACAACACAGCAAAAAUUGCAACAACUCAAAGCGAAUUUGACAAACCAAAAACCAACAACUAACAUUGCCAAAAACAAACAAGAAUUGCAGCAUUUUUUAAAAACACGAAUAAUUGAAAAACUACAAGAACAACAACUACAACGCAUAUGAUAGCAUUCGCAUUGACAACGACGUUUAGUCAGUAAAGCCCCGCAAAAAAAAACAAAAAAAAAAACACGAAUAAAAACGCUGAACUUAGCGCCAAUAAAUAACGGGACAAAUCAAAUUGCAACCGUGCCUCUGCUCACUGCAACACGACGGUGGUGAAAGCAUUUAAACGCGGUGCGCUCGCGAAUAAUCAAAUUUGGUGCAACAAAAAAUAUUCAAAACUGAACUUAGCAAAGUGACUUUUUCAUUAGUCAACGCCUUGUUGUUUUUGUUGUUACAUAAAAUAGAGUGCCACAGCGUUGCGAGCUGGCGGAUAAGCCAAUUUUAUUCAUAACACAAAGCGAGUGAGCGUAGCAGCGGCCGGCAGGCUAAGCGUGUUGGUUGUGGCCAGUAGCCAGCAGUGGCAAGCAGACGCAAACAAAAUGGGCAAUAAAUGUUGCAGCAAACGACAGGAUCAGGAGUUGGCACUUGCCUACCCGAGUGGCUAUAAAAAAUCAGAUUACACAUUCGGUCAAACGCAUAUAAAUAAUAGCGGGCAAAAGCAUAACAAUGGCGGCUCGCUGGACUCCCGUUACACGCCCGACCCGAAUCGUGGGCCGCUCAAAAUUGGCGCCAAGGGCGGCGCAGACAUAAUACGCCCGCGUACAACGCCAACUGGCGUUCAAGGUGGCCUGCCCAAACGGCGUGUCGUUGUCGCCCUAUACGAUUACAAGUCGCGCGAUGAGUCUGACUUGAGCUUCAUGAAGGGCGACCGGAUGGAAGUAAUCGACGACACCGAGUCCGAUUGGUGGCGUGUAGUCAAUUUGAGCACACGUCAGGAGGGUUUGAUACCCCUAAACUUUGUCGCCGAGGAGCGCAGCGUGAACAGUGAAGAUUGGUUCUUUGAAAAUGUGCUACGCAAAGAGGCCGAUAAGCUUUUGUUGGCGGAGGAGAAUCCGCGCGGUACAUUCCUGGUGCGUCCGUCGGAACACAAUCCCAACGGAUAUUCGUUGUCGGUGAAGGAUUGGGAGGAUGGCCGUGGCUACCAUGUGAAACAUUAUCGCAUCAAGCCGCUCGACAAUGGUGGCUACUACAUUGCCACAAAUCAGACUUUCCCCUCGUUGCAGGCGCUGGUGAUGGCCUACAGUAAAAAUGCACUUGGCCUUUGCCACAUACUGUCGCGUCCGUGUCCGAAGCCACAGCCGCAAAUGUGGGACCUGGGACCGGAAUUGCGUGACAAGUACGAGAUACCGCGCUCCGAAAUUCAAUUGAUACGCAAAUUGGGACGCGGCAACUUCGGUGAGGUGUUCUACGGCAAGUGGCGCAACAAUAUCGACGUCGCCGUGAAAACGCUGCGCGAAGGCACGAUGUCGACGCAGGCGUUCCUACAAGAGGCAGCCAUUAUGAAGAAGUUCCGCCACAAUCGCCUGGUGGCAUUGUAUGCCGUCUGCUCGCAGGAGGAGCCCAUCUACAUUGUGCAGGAGUACAUGUCCAAAGGCAGUUUGUUGGACUUUCUUCGCGAAGGCGACGGUCGCUAUUUGCACUUUGAAGAUCUUAUUUACAUAGCCACGCAGGUGGCAUCCGGCAUGGAAUAUCUCGAAUCAAAACAAUUGAUACAUCGUGAUCUGGCCGCACGCAAUGUGCUGAUCGGCGAGAAUAAUGUUGCCAAAAUUUGUGAUUUCGGUUUGGCGCGCGUUAUCGCCGACGAUGAAUACUGCCCCAAACAGGGAUCGCGCUUCCCUGUCAAAUGGACUGCACCCGAGGCGAUAAUCUAUGGCAAAUUUUCCAUCAAAUCCGAUGUCUGGUCUUAUGGUAUUCUACUAAUGGAACUCUUCACCUACGGACAAGUGCCAUAUCCGGGCAUGCAUAGUCGAGAGGUCAUUGAGAAUAUCGAACGUGGCUUCCGCAUGCCGAAACCAACUAAUCACUAUUUCCCCGAUAAUAUUUAUCAUCUACUAUUACAAUGUUGGGAUGCGGUGCCGGAGAAACGGCCAACAUUCGAAUUCUUGAAUCACUACUUCGAAUCGUUCACCGUGACGUCGGAGGUGCCCUAUCGGGAGGUGCAGGAUUAAGUAGCGUAGCACUCGAAAUGCCGCGAGUGGUACAGCGUUAUUGCCAGUGCGAUAUACAUACAUACACAUACAUAUAUACAAACAUACAUAAAUUAACUAGAUUUAAUUGUAAGCCUUUUUAAUUCAAUUGAGAAGUGAGUCGUCUAAACAAAAACAAACGUAUCUACAUUACAGAAAACAAAAACAAACAGAUAACUUUUCAAUGGCAAAAGUUGUAACUGCUGCAGCGUAAACGCAAAGCAGCAGCAUCAAGGUGCACAUACGCAAUCGUUUGGCGCUGCCAUGUAUGGGGCCAGUGGGAUGUACCACUUGAAGAAGAAGAAUUUUUACAUUCGCAAAAAACUGCUACAUACUAAAAGCUAUUCUACAUUAUAUACAUAACACAUGGUACGCGUAUGAUAUAUGCGUACGUUUAUGAUAGCAUAAAAACAAAAAAGAAGAAAAAAA